UAUGGAAGGAGAAGUCGUUGACGAAGAAGAAGCAGAAGAAGAGGAAGAGGAGGAGGAGGAGGAGGAGGAGGAGGAGGUAGAAGAAGGUGAAGAAGUAAUAGAACAGGAAGACGAUGAUGAAAUAGAAGUUAUGGAAGAGACAAAUAAUAACAUAUACUUUUUAGACGCUUUCGAUACUAAAAAUGGUCUAUUAACAACUUGUCUAAAAUGGUCUUUUCUCAACGGUCCCAGCUUUAAAGACAUAGUUGAAAGAAUUUCACAAAACACUAAAGGUUUAAUCAAUCUAAGAAUUCUAUCCAACUACGAAAUACAUUGUAAAACGGGUGAAACUUCAUCAAAAUCAAUCCAAUUUUUCGGUUAUUAUAAAGAAUUAAUAUGGCCAAUAUUAAAACUAUUAAUACAACAAGAUAAUCAGGAUAAUUUGAAUAUCUUUCUAAAUCUUUUAUCAUUAGAUAAUACCUACUAUUGGAAAGAGAAUAUUAUCAAUUGUUUAUUAUAUUACAGCUGUAAAGUUGGUUCAAGUAAUAUAACUAUUUACUUAUUGGAUAGAUACAAUUACAAUUUCAACAUCUAUAACGAAAUAGUAUUUAACUCGGUUGGUCUUUUAUUUAAAAAUCAGUCGAAUAUAGCGCAUUUUAUUGUGAAAACUAAGAUGAAUAUGGCUGAAAAACCAUCUUUAGUAACAAAGUUAUUAAAAAGUUGUAUAAGCGUUAAUACUAAUAUUUGGAUAUUUAAAAAGAUAUUCUAUAAAUUUAAAAAGAAAGCUAUAAAUAGACAAUUUAAUAAUGAAAGUAUAGAAGAAUUAGCAAUUGAAUCGAUUAAACGAAAGAAUAAUAAAGUAUUUCAAUUUCUAACUAGAUUUAUUAUUAAUAAAAUUGAAUUAAAUUUUGAUAUUAAAUUAUAUAAAGAUUUAUAUAAUUGUUUCCCAACGAGUAUUGGACGUUAUCUAUUCUUUAGAUACGAAGAUGAAAUCGUUAAAUGGAUCUCUUUGGAUAUUGAAACAACUGGUGAUAAAUUCUGUACUGAACUAAUACAUUCUUUUCAAUAUACUUCUGGUCUAACACUUUUUGAAUCUAUAUUUAAAAUACGUAAUUAUGGAUUAUCACUUGCUAAGAAGCUAUUGAAAGAUUUACUAGAAACUGGUUCAAUUCUUUUACCUUAUUUUGAACCAUUAAAAUUAUUGAAAUUUAUUAAUAUUGUUGUCAAUUUUUCAACACAUUACGAAUUGCCUAUGGAUUAUUUAACAGAUUAUUUCCUUACUUGUUUAGAUGAGCUCCAUUCUGGAGGCAACGAAUUUAACCGAGCUCACGUUACACUUUCUAUAAUAUCUGUGCUAUCCAUAUUUAUAAAACAUGGUACUUUAUUUAAAUUUGUUUUUAGAGGAAACGUUGACAAGAGAAUUGCUUCACUUAUGUGGCUAUCGCUAGACAAUAGGAUCACAAUGGAUGUAAAUUGGCUUAGAAGUAACGAACUACCCCUAGUAAGACCUCUUUCAGUUCUUUGUUCCUGCGUUUUAAGAAGGCACGUUAAACAACCAUUUUCAAAAAGUAUACGUCUAUUAAUUCAAAGUUGUGAACAUUUGAAAGAAGUUAUCACUUUAAAAUCGUAUACUGAGCAUUAUAUUGUUCAAGGUUUUGAGGCGAUUAAACAAAAAGAAUCGGAAACUCCAAAUGAAGCUGGAAAUUUUCAAAUGAAUUUCUUGGAUGAAGAUAGUAACGAUUAUUGCGGAAUGAUAAUUCCGAAUGAUCUAAUAAAGAAUUACUAUUCAACCCAAUUAAAUAAUAGCGCCGAGAGUUUAUCAUCUCAACAACUUUUAACUGGUCUCCCACUCCUAAUUGCUAAUAUCUUUAAUGACGAAGAUGCAGGCGAAGGUGAAGGUAUGGAACAAAACGAAGAAGAAGAAGCCAAUAACAACUAA